AUGAUAGAAAUUAACGCAAAACUGCUCAGAGACCAAAGUGCGGUAUUUAUGUGCGGUGAGAUCGUUGAAUGUUUUAUCGAUUUCAUCCAUCCAUCCUUACCGGAGCACAAAAUUUCUCAAAGCAAUAGUGAUAUUUUGGAAAAUCUCGCAUGGGCAACGGUGCAACUGCACUGUUACUGUAACGCUUCUUUCAACGAGAAAUCAUCAACCGAUGGAGCUGCGAACCGAAAUGUUGGUGGAAGCACUUCACUAAACGCGAGCAAUCAACUCAAGGGCGAGGUGCUUCAUUCAACCGAACCGAAGAUUCUGUUCUGUGACCUAAGACUUUCGCCGGGGGAAGCGAAACAAUUUCUUUAUCGUGAAACAGUUCCGCUUAAUACACCGCCCACGUACCGUGGCAUCCGUGUGAAGUAUUAUUAUAAAAUAACGGUUGCUACACAGCGAUUGGGUUCUACCGUGCAGGCAUUGAACAUUCCCAUUCGGGUGCUUCCGCUUCCGCUGCCUCAGAGCGAUCUCGACGAAGCGAUCACACUGAACGACGAGUCGAAUGAAGAUUUGGCACCGAACAAUCCAUUUCUCGAGAAAAAAAGACCCCCUUCACGAAUUGAGUAUGCGCUUCACUACUUGCGAGGUGUGACCGCACGCCGGCGACCGAACUUCUUCAUGAUUAACAACAAAUGGGGCAAGGUGGGCCGAUUCUGUCUGUUCAAGUCAGCUUACAAGCUAGGCGAGGAUAUUGUGGCCACGAUCGACUUUAGCUGCGGAACGAUCAAAUGCGUUCAGCUGUCGGUGACGUUACAAUGUGAAGAAACAGAAUUAAACAGUGGUAAUUCAUCCGCAGUAGUUACGACAGACACGAAGCAUGAACUGGCCGGUUCAGAUGACGCUGACCCUUCCGAAGCCGCGAACGAACCGGAACGACACAAACAUAUUUCCCGCGUUACCAACUACAGCAAACAUCACGAGGUGUGCCUGGGGAUGCUACAAACGCAGGUGAUUUUACCCAUUCCGCUGCACGUGACGCCCACUUUCCGCACGAAUCUGGUAGAGGUGAGCUGGCGCUUGCACUUUCAGUUCGUGACAAGCACGAACGCGGAACUGAGUAGUGAGAUACUGCUGGAUCGUACCACCGCAAACGAAGACGAGCUGGAAUGGGUCGCACCGACCGACAUUGCAAUCGAAACAAUGAUAUGGAGCCUUCCGAUAACGAUCUACCCGACGGCACCGUUACAAAUACCGCAGCCUUGUGGGGAAUACAAGCUGCACAUAAAAUAA